UCGUGAGCGGUGUGCAUGCUAAUCACAUGACCGCAUAGUCAUCCAACAUGGCAGACGAUCGGGAGCCACCUCCUCUUUUCGACGACGAGAAACCCGACAAGAAAGAAGAGGAAGACGACCUGUUUGCGACUCCAAAUGAGGCCCCUAAGGAAGAGGUAAAAGAUGAGCCGGCCAGCCUGCCCACAGAACCAGCCCAGGACAAGGCCUCGGAGGAUCUGUUCGCUGCAGACGAUGACCUGUUUGGAGAUAAACAGGAAGGCCCGGUUGAGGUAGACACAUCGAAGCUCCGUCGGAAACUUACAGAGGACGUAGACGACCUCUCACCCAUAGAGGAACCAAAGCCUCUUAUUCCGACAGCGGCAGAUUCGGGCAAACCGCCCCAGAGUGAUGCGGCUGCUAAAAAAGAACCUCCAAAAGAGAAAGAAAAGGCAAAGGAAGUCAAACCUGCUUAUAAAGAAGAGCCAGCAAAUGUUUCAACUGAUCAGCCACUGCUCAAGCCAAUGAAAGUGUCUGUAGACCUUCAUACCCCAAAACCUGCACAAAACAUGCAGGAGGAAUCGGCCGCCCCGCCCCAACUGGAAGUUGUGGAUGAACCCCCUCCUGAGAUGGACAUCUCUGGAGAAGGUGAGGAGGUAGACCUGGACUCCCCCGAGACAGAGGGCCCCUCCAGCCCGGCUAAGAUGGAGCCAGACUCUGACUCCUCCCCCCUGGAGGCACCCCCCAUGGCGGAGGUGCUCCCCCCUGCCAAACCUGUGACGGAGGAGAAGCCCAAGCCAACCCCCGCCCCCCGCAAACCCUCCAUGGAGAAAUCCAAGGAAGAGGUAGGGUACACCUCUUUUGCCCAGAUUGAAGAGGAGGAAAGUGGGGACCAGUUUGCCUUGGACAUCAAGGUGCAUGAUCCGGGCAAAAUUGGUGAUGGUAUGGGGGCCUACAUGAGUUAUAAAGUCACUACUCAGUGUCUCGAUUUUGGAGAGGAAAAAAAGACCAGCAUUCCUGCCUUCAGGCGCCCCAGCAUGACGGUCACGCGACGAUUCAGCGACUUCCUCGGCCUUCACGAAAAGCUGUCGCAGAAACACGUCCACAUUGGCCGCAUCGUGCCCCCUGCUCCCGAGAAGAGUGUUGUUGGCAUGACCAAGAUAAAGAUGUCCAAGGAAGAUACCAGCUCUACUGAGUUUGUGGAGAAGAGGAGGGCCCUCCUGGAAAGGUUCCUGCAGAGAAUAAGUAUCCACCCAGUCCUUCAGAUGGACCCAGACUUCAGGGACUUUCUGGAGCAGGAUGAGCUGCCGCGUGCCACCAGCACCUCUGCGGUGAGCGGGGCGGGCGUGCUGCGUCUGAUCAAGGGCGUGGGCGACACCCUGUCCAAGGUCACCAUCAAGAUGGACGAGUCUGACCAGUGGUUCGAGGAGAAACAGAACCAGGUGGAGGCUCUGGACCAACAGCUGAAGAAACUACACGCCAGCGUGGAGGCACUGGUCACUUACAGGAAAGAGCUUGGCAUCAGCACGGCAGCCUUUGCGAAAAGCACGGCUAUGCUGAGUAACAGUGAGGAACACACGGCCCUGUCCCGCGCACUGUCUCAGCUGGCAGAGGUGGAGGAGAAGAUUGAACAGGUUCAUCUGGAGCAAGCAGACAAUGAUUUCUUCCUGCUGUCUGAACUCCUGAAGGAUUACAUCGGAAUCAUCCAGGCCAUACGGAUUGUGUUCCAUGAGCGUGUGAAGAGUUUCCACAACUGGCAGAACGCCCAGCAGACCCUGGCCAAGAAGCGGGAGGCGGAGGCCAAGUUCAAGCAGACGGGGAAGACGGACAAGAUCGCCCACGCACAGGAGGAGAUCAGAGAGUGGGAAGGAAAGGUGGAGUAGGGGCGAGAAGACUUCGAGGAGAUCUCCAAGACAAUCCGCACGGAGAUCAGGAGGUCUGAGACCAACCGUGUUAAAGAUUUCCGUAACAUCAUCAUCAAGUACAUGGAAACACUCAUGAACAGUCAGCAACAGCUUAUCAAGUACUGGGAAGGGUUCCUUCCCGAGGCCAAAGCCAUCGCAUAGAACUGCACACAUCACGGUGGAAACAUAGAACCAACAAUUUAAGGAGAAAAUCAACCAAUAAAAUCUAUAGCAGAUCUA